CUCCAGCCCUGAUAAAACGGGAUCGCAUUUUUCUCUGGGAAAAAUAAACUCCACACAGAUCGGAAACCUCACCGCACGCCACAGCCUCCCCCGCCCCAUCCGCCACCGUCGCCAUGGGCAGAGGCCGAGGAGGCCGCAACCGCAAGCCCCGCAACUCCGCCACCUUCCGCCUCUGCCCGCGCCCCGGCGCCGCCGACCCCUCCGACCGCGUCCUCGUCCGCGUCGACGGCAACCCGUACCGCGUCCCCGGCCUCGACGACUGCUACUGCGCCUUCCCCUCCGCGGCCGCAGGCUAUGACGGCGCCGAGCCCUCGUCCUCGCCCUCCGGGGCCGCCCUUCCCGACCACGUCCGCCGCGCCAUCCUGGAGCUCGGCCUCCCCGACGACGGCUACAACUACCUCGCCCACAUCCGCGAGAUCCGCCCCUCGUACUCCUCCACCGGCGGCGGGGGCUCCUCCGCCGUGUUCCUCCCCACCCGCCGCGCCGCGCGCUGCGGCCUCCCGCUGAGCGUCAAGGCAUACGACGCGCGUGGUGUUGAUGUUGGUCUGGACAAUGUCGCUGCAACGGGAGCGCUGAUUCCAGUGGAGGAGGCCAUCGACCCGGAUGUCACCGAACUGCUUGAGGAGAGGGAGGGUGAGAAUGAGGAUGAGGAGAGGGAGGUGCCACCGGGGACCUUGGAGCAUGAGAAUGAGGAGAGCGAGGUGCCACCGGGGACCGUGGAAGAUGACGAUGAGGAGAGCGGGACCUCGGAGGACGAGGAUUCAGAGCUGGAGGACGAUUUUGUUAUCAUUGCAAAUCAGCCCGAGGAGGAAGACCAGAUGGAUCUGGAGGAUGAUUUUGUUAUCCUUGCAAACCAGCCUGACGGCGAAGAGCAGAUGGACAUGAUGGGCAGCAGGUUGGAGCGAGGCAGAUUCAUGGCUGCCUUAUGGGCAUGUUAAAAUGGCUUGACUUAUUUUCCACUCUGCAAAUGACAGCUUGCUUUGGGAAAGAAUGCUGAAGUAAAGAUGACCAAGGCUCAGAAAGCUGUUAGGGGUCCGUCCUUGUCGGCGCACCUUGUGUGCUGAUUAUUUAUCUUAUAUAUAUUGUGUUGAUAGUGAACUGUUCGUCACAGCAAUUCGAUUGUCAGUAGGAAUAAUAUUGAACAUUUGUGCCAAAUGUUGCACGCACUAAGUUAGGUUUCCUUAGUAGAUAAAAGUUAUGGGUGAUGUACGAUAUUCACCUUCUACUGUACCGCUCUCCCAAGAUUAUGUUUCAAAACUCGUAAUCCAAGAUGUACAAAGUUAUGAUCGUCUCA